UUGAUUUUCUUUCCUAGGUUUACUGUAAAUCUUAAUUAGAAACACAUCAAGGACUUAACUUGUAAGACGGAAAUUCUUUGAUGUCAAUGCUAAAGUCUCACAUAUUCUGUUUUUUGCGACAUGCCACUCCCAGGCUCUUGGAUUAUUGUUUGUAAUUCUUACCAUCUUGAAUUAUUGUGGAUUUGCUGAAGGUAACCUGGACAAAUAUCACUGCUUUGCGAAAUUAUUCCUUUUGCUAUAGCUGAUUUAACAUCUACUUGAAGAUCUACUAAUUUUGCCACAAACAAUAGGUUUAUUGGGAGAUAUCAUCACUACAGCCAAUAGAUUGAUUCUGGGAAGAUUAAAUAUGACAGUACUAGUGGCAUAUUUUAGCACUGUCUUCUGAAACUUGGCAUCGAUCAUCUUUUUACAUAUUACUGACUUUAUGCUCGAAAUCAUAAAAUUUAUUCUACGGUCUACACCUCAACGAGCUUCAAGACAUUACUUCUGACACUUCAGUUGCAUUUCAUUGCCUUGAACAAUUGUAAACGAAAAAUUGCAGUCGAAGCCAUCGAGUUAUAGAACACAAUAAUAUGAUAAGAGAAGAAACUAAAGAUUCCAGCAACUCAAAAAGCCUAACAAGCCUUGGUUUGGAGAUUAUUUGUGAUUCUGGAUUUGAUAAUAUUUCUAGCUCUGAAGAAGCUAUGACUAAUGCAACAACAGUUGGGACAAGUUUAUAUCCUAUAUAUCUGAUGGCAGGGCAAUCCACACUUGACAAUUCGCUAAAUUUAUCACAAGUGGAGAGCCGUAUUGAGGUAAACUCAGCACUCACACCAAGAUUCAAUGAAGACUUGAAGCAGAAUUGUGAUGCUGUUGUAUCAGAAACUGAAUCAUCAGAAAACUCUACUAGCAUUGAACACAGUGUAAGAAAUGCAAAACUUCAACAAAAAGCUUCCAUAAAUGGCGUUUGUGAACGUUUACUGAGUGCUGCAACUUCAAAUGAUGACAAUUUUCAAACUACACUGGAAAUUCAGCCUUCUAAUACACAAAGUUUUUCAAAUCUGUUGCACAACCCAUAUAAUUUAUUUCAAAAUGAACUCAGUGCUAAUAAGACAGUUGUCAAUUCUGAUUCAUCUGAAGUUGUUCGGUAUCCGAGCUCCAUUUGUACGUAUAAAUCACCAUCAAAACUUUUCACAUGUAGUUUCUGUAAAAAGUCGUUCACCCAAAGUGGGACUUUAAAGCGGCACACACGUAUUCACACAGGUUAUAAACCCUACAAAUGUAGUUCAUGUGAUAAAACGUUCUCUUUGAAAUCAUAUCUAGUAACACAUAAAAGAACUCACACAGGAGAAAAGCCAUAUCAAUGUUUAACAUGCGGGAAAUGUUUUUCCCAACCCUCGAGUUUGAAAACUCAUACACAGACUCAUAGUAAUGUAAAACCGUACGAAUGUGACACUUGUGGGUUUAAAUUUGCUUUAAAGUCAUAUCUUACUGUUCAUGAAAGGACACACACAGGUGAAAAACCAUAUAAAUGUGGAGAAUGUGGCAAGACAUUUACUCAGGGCAGCAGUUUAAAUGUGCAUUUGCGAAAGCAUGUAACUGAAUUUGUUGAACCUGUGGGUACUUCCUAGUGACUUCAAGUAUGAAUGUAUUUCAAAUAGAGUUCCUGAAUCAGCAAAAAACAAUUUCCUUUGAUCGCCACAAUUGCGAUUAAUUUCGUUCCUUGUCCGUUUCAAGGAAAGAAAUACACUGUAUUAACACAUUCUUAUAAUUCGCUUGGAAUCUUAACACGCCAGACGCCUUAAGAAAAGAAAAGCGCAAAAAGAAAACAAAAUUGCUGUAACAUAAAUAUUUCUCACGUUUAUCAUUUCUGUUUGUUAGCGACGGUCGUAGAUCCUUACUCGUAACUCUUACUUGUAAAUUCAUGUUAAUAAAGUCUAUAUUGCUUUUCAUGCGUCGUGAUUUGUAAUAAUGGAAGGGAUUGUUGUCGGGAGUUUGAGAGAGUCCCUGAGUCAGCAUAAAACAAUUUCCUUUGAUCGUCCACAAUGUGGUUAAUUUCGAUAAGAGUCCUUAUCACUGCCCCUUAACGGAUAACAUAUCGUAAAGGUGAUUAAAAGUCGCGCGCCGUUAAUUGCUUCUACGACGAUAGUGCACCAAAUAAUAACGUUUUCACCACGAAACAACUGGCCGUAAAUCGACACGGUUGCUGUUAUGUAAAAAAAACACAAGCGAAAACAAACCAAUCAAGCGUCUUGUCAAUCACAGACUGUACAAGCCAUCAGCUGUAUGAUAAGACAAUCCACCUUCACAAGCGAUUGUGUGUGUGCGUGCACGCUUUUUAUUGUGAGAACUUGGUAUGGUUCGAAACUUUUGGAAUUACCGGCAAGUUAACAUAAUAUCAUCUCGUUGCUCGAUCAAAUUCUGAUGCGCGAAUAAGACGAUCCCUUAGUUUGGCAACUUUUUUUUGAGUUUUAACCCUUCGCGUAUCGAGACUUUGAUCACGCAACGAAAUGAUAUAAUGCUGACUUGCCGGUAAUUGCAACAGGUACAGACCAUAAAGAGCGUGCACGUACACACCACACACGCAAUCGCUUGUCUAGGUGUGAUCAUGAACGUUACCGCUUGUAUUUGAUUAAAUUUAAUUGUAUCUUUUGCAUAAGAGCAACAGCAUUGAUCUACCAGCAGUCUCGUGGUCAAAACGUUAUCAUUUGUGCACAAGUAAGAAUCAGGUAGAAUAAUACUCACAGCAUUAAUUCUUAACAAUAAAACUGUAAUUUCAAUCAUUUUGAACAACCAUUUACGGUAACUGAAAGGUUGGGACAUGAAAAUUGCUUUCUUUUAAAUUACCAGACAAGACCGAUUUGAAAUUUUCAGUAGCUAAAUUUAAAAGUGUGAUUUUCUUUAAAUUACUGCCAUUAAUUUUGGUAAGCGGGUGCACAAGCAACUUCUCUUAAACUUCUCUCUUUUUUCAUUUGUUUUAAUAUAUUGAAUUACGGUAGUAUUUGUGUUUUCUUUUAUUCUAAAGCAAUGUUUUUCAUCUCUCUUGACAUUUCAAUAAAUUUGUUGAGUUGAUAAAAAAGAGAGGUGGUGCCAUUAUCUUAAGGGCACUGCGGCAAGCGAAGAUGUCCAAAAUAAAUCUACGUGAAACUUUUUUUCUUCCGUAUUUAAUAGAACAGCAUCAAAAUACUUGAAGGAAAUUUCUCGCGUUUCUCUGUGUUUGUGUUAUUCUUUUUGGUCGGCGGGCACGUACAUUGUACGCAUUUUAAGUUAUGCCCGUCUCCCAGGUAUCUCUGCAUUUUGUUUGUCUGUUCACUUUUUGUAUUGUUUAUGUCAGAGAACCAAAAUAAAUGAUUGAUUGAUUGAAGUGUCUCAGUGUGCUUCAUUUUUUUUCAAAUGUUAUUCCUGAAUUAUGUAGUUCUUUGUUGGAGCAUUUCCCAAAUUGGAUUUUUCUAGAAAUAUCAAGAUUUGGCUAUCUUUGGAAGUCCUAUUACAUUUAAACUCACUUGGGAUUCAGACUAUAUUCAAAUAAAUAUUUAAUAUUUCAUUACCCUAUUUUAUUGAUUGUUCAGA